AUGCUUCAAUACGAAUCCCAAAGCUAUGAUAAGGGAUUAUCUCAGAAACUCAUGCAAAAAUAUCGUCCAUUAUUUGUUUUUUCGAUAGUAUCUUAUGCAAUUUUCGUCUCGAAAGUGUCAAAAAUCAGAAAGGAUAGAGAAAACCGUAAUACUGCGAUUUUAAUAUCAUGUUGGAAUGCAUGUAAUGCUAUUGCUAAUAUUAUUAUGCUUAUAGGUGCAUUACCUGAUUUUAUAACAUCUUUUCAUGAAGGUUUGUAUUCAAGUUUAUGCCUAAAUCAGGGUUUAUAUACAAAUCCAAGAACAGCCAAGCUGCUAUUUAUGUUUCAUGCAAGCAAAAUCUGGGAACUAUUGGAUACCGUAUUUGUAAUUAUGGAUGGACGUCAAGCAAGCAUAAUUCAUGUAACGCACCAUAUCAUCACUUCUAUUUCCGUAGUUAGCAGUUAUCCUCAACUUGGUGCUGUGAUUCGUUGGAUUUCUGUCACAAAUCUUAUAGCUCAUUCAGUGCUUUAUUCUUAUUUGACAGCUCAAAGCUGCGUUUGGAAACAACGUACACGAAGUGCACGUAUAGUUAGCGGAAUUCAGUUGAUACAAUUUCCGAUUUGCUUAUUUGCUUUUUGGAAAAUUCUACAGUAUAAGGCAGCUAGAAGAAAAUGUGAAACUGGUUAUAAUGUUGCAUGUCUUAUAAUCUACACAAUUCUCUUUAUUCUUUUCAUGCAGUUUUACGUCAGUAAAGCUAGAAGUCAAAUGAAGAUUGCAAGACUUAAAGGUAUGAUUAAAUUUUGA